AACUGCUCCGCACUUAUGGUUUCCCACUUCUCGACAGGUGGAGAAAGAGACGAGAGCGAGGACACAGCGGGGGAGCUACGCAGGACAGAGUCUGACAGCGUUUUGAAGAAGGGAGGAAACGCCAACCUGCUGCAGCUGCUGAAGAGGAACAGUGAGCAGGUCCUACACAGCGUCUCCAACCUGCAUCUCCUGCUCAGCACUCUGCAGGCGGUGGUGGUCCAGCAGGACAGCUACAUCGAAGACCAGCGGCAGGCCCUGAGCGAGCGUUCCUCCUCGUGCUCGUCCUUGUCAUCGCGGCAGUCCUCCCGUCCCAGCUCCCUGAUUGAGCAAGAGAAGCAGCGCAGCCUGGAGAAGCAGAGGCAGGAGUUGGCCUCCCUGCAAAGGCAACAGGCUGCUCUCGCCGAGGAGAGGCGGAAGAGGGAGAAGGAGUGGGAGUUGAGGGAGCAGCAGCUUUCUGAGAGAGAGUCGGCAGUGCACUCACAGGAGGAAGAGGUGCAAAAACAACAAAAGCAGCUUGAGGAUGAGAAGAUGGAGCUGCAGAGCAAGAAGGAAGAAUACCAAAGAGACCUGGAGAGGCUGAGAGACGCCCAGAGGAAGCUGGAGAAGGAGAGGGAGGCUGUGCAGCGGCAGAUCCACAGGAUGGAAGAAAUGCGGCUGUCUGAGAGAACACCCUCCACAACGUCCGACGAAUCCCUGUUCCUCGGCAGCUCUCAGUCCCUGGAGCUGGACCCACUGGAGCUCUCCUCGUCCUCCUCCUCAUCCUCCACUCUCCCCAGGCUGCAGCCCCAGCGCUCCAAAACCAGUAGGAAGGGCCUGAAUCCCUUCACCUCGUCCUCUGGCAGCCUCAAGAGCAGCGAGGCCAACAACCAGAUCUCCAAGGGCUUCCUGCAGCUGACCAAGACCAAGAGCAAAGACGGGAAGAAGAAGAAGAAGAACAAAGGUGGUAGCGCGCAGGCGGCAGGUAGGGAAUGACACUCAACACGUUCCGGAGCCCCCCAUGGACGGAGAGAUCUUCUUCUGCUAAGGCGCAGUGCCGUUACCCCCUCCUGCUCUUCCUCUUCAUCAUCACUAUGAACGUGUCGCAUCACUCUGGCACCUGGAGAGGAAUCCUUUCUGCACAUUUGACUGUUGGAAUGGUUUUGCUCUAAAGAAGCACCUUUGAGGCUUUUCUAAGCUGGUACCGGUUUUCAUUAGCGUGAUUCCCAUGUUAUGUUUUGUUGGAAUAUCAGACAUAAAAAGAAAUAAAAUGUGCUGCAGGUUCUUUAAAAGAUGUAGACGUUUUUAAAUCAAAUAGGAAAUAAGAAAACUAUAAGAUUUCUGCAAUUUAUGCAUCAAAGCAACAAACCACUGCUUUUAUUCUGUGCAGAGUGGAGGAUUUCAGGAGUUUUGGUAAAUUUGCAGGUCUGAGUGUUUUUAAUUCUUCAAGCAAACCUUUAGAGUGUUUUCAUUUGCAGCGAUGAGACAGCUUACUGUGAGCAUUGCAUGCCCCCCCCCCCAGCUUAACAACCUGCAUCGGAGGCUCCUCUGCCUCUGUGCUCCUGCUCUGCGUGCUCGGAUGUGGAGGGCUGCUCGUUUCCCAUCGGCUAGACCUGUUUCCAGGCGACUUCUGCCUCGCAGCGCAGCGACACCCAGUCGAUUCACAAUGCCACUCAGAAACAGAUUAGAAUUUGAGCUGACUCUGUGAGGCACCGGAACGUCCUCGACGCUAAUCACAUUCAUUAACAGCUAAUUGAAGACUGAAACCACUGAAGGGACCCUGUGUUGUCCUGGCAACAUUUCUUUAUCGCGGGAGCUCAGCGCUGUCCCUGUGUUUCACUCCCACAUCUGCCCUCACACAAGCAGCCCGAAAACAGCAUUAGAUUACAACCACUCUUUUUUUAUCGACUCCUGAUUGUAAACAAAAUGGCGAAUGAUGAGUAAACUAAUCCCCCCCGCCAUGACUUUCCACCAUCCAUCAUGAUUCCUGAUGAGGUUUUGAUUUAUUUAAAUGAGGUAUGUCUCCAUUUUGGAGUGAAACUCUUCAGACUUCCAGAGUAAUGAAAGGAUUGAGACACGUACUAUCUCUCCAUGUCAAAUGGCUCAAUUCAUAUCCUUUUAGUGUGUUGUAGAACCUUGGAUGGAUAUUAGCUUGAUCCUCACGUUAUCCGCCUGUCGAUGAGCAUUUAUGCAGCCCUCAUCUUUCAUCCGAGCCCAGACAACGGGAGGGGAGGGGGGGGUCCUUUCCUUGGUGUUUUAAUUGCAUGUAACGCCGCAGGUAGCAUACUAAUGGCUGCUGUUAAAGAGUUCAACGAUCUCUUUCUUUUCUGCUCCUUUUGGCUCUGAUUAAAAAGUCUGCAGGCAGAAGCGGCCGACGGUUUGAAAAAGUGAAAACGGUUGAUAAAGAGAGGGAAGAAAUAUGCCUGUUGAUUUUAACGGCUCAAACCUUUCAUCAUUUCAUGUAGUUACUCAGUGGUUUAAGCACUUUGGUCCCAGAACAUUAAUACAUCUUUUUUUUUUUUUUUUAUUAUUGUUUUUGUUUUUAUUUUUUUAACUCAACAGUGAUCCAAAGAGAUGGUGAUGCAUUUAAGGUCAGAACAGAUGCAGUUUUUUUUGUUAAGUUUGGAUGUUAAAAUAAGAAUGUAGAUUAUCUGUGCAGAUUGUCCGAAUGUUUUAAUCCUGUGGUUUAGACCUUCAAAGUCUAUAUUUUAGGCUGCACAGUUACCUGCUGGACAGGUAGGAAGCAACAAAAAAAAGAAACAAAGGUAGGUUAUGAGUACAAAA